AAUUGUGGAAAGAAUUAAGUUUGUGAAGCGAGGUACCACUGUAGUACUGGAAACUUUAGCCAGAACUAUUAGGCAAGAGAAAGAAAUAAAAUGAUGUGCAUAAGAACCAAAGAAAUCAAACUAUCAUUAUUUGCAGAGGAUAUGAUUCUGUAUGUAGAAGGCCCCAAAGAAUUCCACCAAAAGACUAAUAGAACUAAUAAAUAAAUUCAGCAAAGGACCAGGAUACAAAUCAAUAGAUGAAUAUCAAUAGUAUUCCCAUACACCAACAAUGAACAUCCUGAGAAAAAAAAUGAAGAAAACAAUACCAUUCACAAUAGCUUCAAAGAUGUUAAAUAGUGUGGGAGUGGCACCACGCUGCAACAGAAUGAUGGCUGUUUUAGUACUUCGGGUGGAAUUCAUCCUUUUCAACUUUAACACUAGAAGCAGAAAGUUAGUUGAACAAAGAAAGCAGAAUUCAUAUGCACAGCAGAAAAAUUUAAAAAUCAAGUUAUUAUUAUAGAAAAAGAUAAACACAGUCAUUUUUACAACCAAAAAUAUGACUUCAGAAUUGAGCACAGUAUGCUGGAAGAAUCGGAAAAUAAAUUGAUUAACAGCAGAAAAAUGGAAAGAGCAAAAAUCCAGCAACAAUUGGCCAAAAUACAUAACAAUGUAAAGAAACUUCAGCAUCAGCUAAAAGAUGUGAAGCCUACACCUGAUUUUGUUGAAAAGCUCAGAGAAAUGAUGGAAGAAAUUGAAAAUGCAAUCAACACUUUUAAAGAAGAACAAAGACUGAUAUGCAAUGAGCUUAUUAAAGAAGAAAAAACAACAAAGAAUGAAUUGAGUCCCAUAUCAAGAAAAAUUGAUACAUGGGCUGUGGGUAAUUCAGAAACAGAGAAAGUUUUCAGAGCAAUCUCAAGUAAAGUUUCUGUAGACAAAAUGACACCCAAUACUCUUCCAACAGUAGUGGUAGAUUUUGAAAAAUUCCUGCAGCAAACAGGAGGGCAACAGGGGGGCUGGGAUAAUUAUGAUCACCAGAAUUUUAUAAAAGUGAGAAAUAAACAUAAAGGGAAGCCUGCAUUUAUGAAGGAAGCUCUAGAACACCUCCCGGGGAGAACGCAGGAUGAAGUUCAACAGCAUGAGAAAUGGUAUCAGAAAUUUCUGACUCUAGAAGAAAGGCAAAAAAGGGUCUAUUCAGAAUUGGAAAACUAAAAAGCAGCAAAAGAAGCAAGAAAUUUUCAAGUUAAAAGAGAAGGCAGACAACAUUCCUAUGGUUUUUCAUAAUAAACCAGAAGGUAAUCAAAAGCAAGAAAGCAAGGAAGGAAGGAAGGAAGAGAGAGAGAGAGAGAGAGAGAGAGAGAGAGAGAGAGAGAGGAAGAAAAAAAGAAAGACAGAAAGAAAGAAAG